AUGCCGUUGUCUGUCUCUACGUCGGCUCUCCCGUCCUUUCGGAAGCAGCAUCUUCUCGUCGAGUUCUCCCGUCUGCGCUAUGCACAACUUGAUGGCGUUUUCUUGAGUAUCACGCCUGGCGACCCGACGCUGUGGGUUGGUGUGAUAUUUGUGCGAAAAGGACCAUAUGCGCCCGCAGUCUUACGCUUCCAAAUAUCCUUCCCACCCAGCUAUCCCGCUAUACCACCCCUCGUGACCUUUUCCACUGAUGUCUUUCACCCGUUGCUCACGCCACUUACCACGUAUACUUAUACGACUGGAUCCGCCGACAUGGAAACCGUGAGUGCAACAGACGAGGAGCGGCUGCCACCUGGAGGGUUCAGUCUGCGGCACGGCUUCCCGCAGUGGUUCGGCAGGGCUAGAAGGUCUGUACCGAAUUCUCGCGAUGUCAGUGGAGCUUCAAGUGCAUUUCCCGUGCGUUCCGACUCCAAUGUCACCUCUGGCGUCCUCGAUGGUUCCCAGUCUACUGCCGAAUACUCCAUUGUGCGCAUGCUAGAGUACAUCCGCUCGACCUUUAGUGAGGAAUCAAUAUUGGACUCACUCCCGCUAGAGGCUGCUGCGAACCCUGGCGCCUAUCAUGCGUGGCGGGCGCAUCGGGCCCCAAUAUUGCAAUCUCAACAGUCAAAUCCAACGUCUCCAAGUCCCGAGCCUUCCACGACGGAGAAUUCAGAAGGUGCAUCUGCACUAGGACGCAACCGGCGACCAGGAGAGUGGAACUGGGAGGGAGUCUGGGAAGAUCGCGUAAGAAAAGCAGUUAAGGCUAGCAUUUCUGAACCAGUCCUAUUCGGCACUGGCGCUGGGGAAGACAUUAUGCGCUUUCGCGAGGCGGACGACGAGAUGCAUGACGAGAUGAAGAAGCACCUGGAAGUGGCUGCCGCACAAAUUGGUGAGGCGUAA